UAAUAGUGGUACUACUAUCGGCAACCAGCGGUUCAGCAAGCAAUAAUAAGCAAUUAAGCAUAGCCAAUUCCAUGUAAAUAUAAACUUAAAAACUUCUACACAAACUAAUAUUCGCGGGAAAAAUUAACGAAUACAAAUUCUUAAUGAAGUCUCUAUCUUCAAAUUUGAUUCUACCCCUCCAUAAUUCUCAUUCCCAAAUUCCUCUUUUAUCAUCACUGCAAUUACAAUCUUCAGAACAUGCUAAUUUCUGCAAAACCCAAACUCUAUUUCCUCAUAAAAUUCCUCCAAAAUUUCGUUUACAUCACAAAAAUUUGCAUAUUUCAGAUGAUGUAAUAAAUUUCAACAAUCGUCAGAUUUGUGAAGAAAACCCAGUAGCUGAAUUUUCAGAACACGAGUCAUUGUGUGAUGGGGUUGAAUGUGAUCCAUUUUGGUUGAUUUCUUGGCUUCAAUCGCGUUCUAAAUUGAAAGAAAUUAAGGUGGUACAUGGUUUCAUUUUGAAGAGUAAAAUGAAUCUAUCUGUGUUUGUUGAUAAUAAUUUGAUUAAUGGGUAUUUGAGAUUUGGGAAGUUAGGGGAAGCCCGUAAGGUGUUCGAUGAAAUGUCUGAACGAAGUAUCGUUUCUUGGACUGCAAUGCUUAAUGGGUAUUUGAAAUUUGGCUUUCAAGAUGAGGCUAUUAGUGUUUUUAAAGAGUUUAUGAAGUCGGGUAUUGAAGCAAAUGCGACGAUGUAUGUGUGUGUGCUGAUUUUGAGUGGAAAAAGGCUGAACUAUGAGCUAGGCAAGCAAGUUCAUGCUUGUAUUAUCAAAGGUGGAUGGAGCAAUUUGAUUGUAGAAAGUGCUAUCUUGUAUUUCUAUGCACAAUGUAGUGAUUUUCGGAGUUCUUUUCGAGUCUUUGAUAGGAUGAAAAAGCGGGAUGUAGUUGCUUGGACUACGAUGAUCACUUCUUGCUCGCAACAGGGUUACAGUGAGAAAGCAUUCUCACUGUUAUCACGAAUGCUGGUGAACAGAUAUUUUCCGAAUGAACACACUAUAUGUAGUGUCUUGAAGGCGUGCGGAGAAGAAAAGGCACUGAAAUUCGGAAGACAAUUGCAUGGUAUUGCAGUUAAGAAGCUGAUCAGAAACGAUGUUUAUAUUGGUACUUCUCUCUUGGACAUGUACGCAAGAUGUGGUGAAAUCGAGGAUUCUAGAAACGUUUUCGAUAGGAUGAAAAGGCGAAACAUGGUAACAUGGACUUCAAUCAUUGCCGGGUAUGCUAGAAAUGGUCAUGGCUACGAGGCAUUAAGCCUUUUUCGGGUGAUGAAAAGGCGAAAAGUAGUUGCAAACAAUCUAACCAUUGUAAGCAUCCUUCGAGCCUGUGGUUCCAUUAGUGCUCUUGUAACCGGGAAAGAAGUCCAUGCCCAAGUGCUCAAGAACUCGGCACAUAACAACAUUUACAUCGGAAGCACUCUUGUGUGGUUUUAUAAUAAAUGUGGUGAAUACAGUCUUGCCUCAAAAGUUCUCCAACGAAUGCCCAUACGAGAUGUUGUCUCAUGGACAGCCAUAAUCUCCGGUUGUACUCAUCUAGGGUAUGAGUUUGAGGCGCUCCAGUUUUUGAAGGAAAUGCUCGGUGAAGGCAUAGAGCCAAACCCGUUUACAUAUUCCUCGGUUUUGAAAGCUUGUGCAAAGCUAGAAGCUAUCAAGCAAGGAAAACUAAUACACUCUUCUCUGAACAAACUCCCUGCAUUCUCGAACAAUAUAUUUGUAGGAAGUGCUCUGAUAAACAUGUAUGCUAAAUGUGGGUGUAUUUCAGAUGCUUUACAAGUCUUCAAUAGUAUGAAAGAAAAGAACUCGGUUUCUUGGAGAUCAAUGAUCGUAGGGUAUGCAAAGAAUGGGUACUGCCAUGAGGCUCUAAAGCUUAUGUACCAGAUGCAAGCAGAAGGAAAUCAAGUAGAUGAUUACAUUGUCACAACUGUUCUUAGUGCAUGUGGGGAUGUAGAAUGGAAUUCAGAACCUCCCCCUGAACCUUUAUUGCAACUAAAAUGAAGACAUUGGAACUGUACAUAAACUUAUGGAUGAUAUUUAUCAUGAAAUGAAAGCAUAAAUUCUGAGUAGGCAGUAGCUGAAUCCAAAAUAUUUUGCUCGAAUCUAUAUCUAUCAAAUUUCGACCAGACCUGAA